AUGUUUAUGCGACCUUCGGGUUAUAUCUUGCGAAACGGUGUUUUCUGUUUUUGCACAAAAGCCGCAACAAAUAAAAUUAUGUCCAAUCCUAGAACCUAUUUUGAUGUUGCUGCUGAUGGUGAGCCACUUGGUCGCAUUAUUUUCGAAUUGAAUGCUGAUAUAGUUCCUAAAACUGGUGAAAUUUCUGCUGAAAAUUUCCGAGCUUUGUGUACAGGCGAAAAAGGAUCUAACUUAACCUAUAAAGGGUCCACCUUCCACCGUGUGAUUCCUCAAUUUAUGCUUCAGGGUGGUGAUUUUACAAACGGUAACGGUACAGGUGGUAAAUCAAUUUAUGGUGAAAAAUUUGCCGAUGAAAACUUCACCUUGAAGCAUACUGGCCCCGGAAUUCUUUCGAUGGCUAACGCAGGUCCAAAUACUAAUGGCUCGCAAUUCUUUAUCUGUACCGUAAAGACCGCUUGGUUGGAUAACAAGCAUGUUGUAUUUGGAAAGGUCAUUGAAGGAAUGGAUGUUGUCCGCAAAAUUGAGAAAUUAGGUUCUUCCACUGGAAGAACCACAAAGACCGUUACUGUUGUUAAUUGUGGUCAACUCUAA